UGUCGGCAGGUUCACUGUCACAUCAGAGGAGAGAGAGAAGAACAGAUUACCUGCUGCUUCUGCAUGGGACAUGGAGCGACUGAGUGCUGAAGCUGAUGGCUUCUUUGACGUUCUGGAGGAGAGGAGGCGGAGCAGUGACUUAAGCUACGCCUUCCGGACCUUUAACCCUCAGCCAUACCGUGGGGCCACGCCCAUUUCAGCUGCCGCUCUAAACAGGAUGGUGCUUGAAUCACAGUACCUGAGCUACGUCAUACAAGAGAUCAUGCUUGAGAGUGAAGAACCGCGUGAGGCGCUUCUAGAGGAGGCUUCUGCGCUGCUGGACGAGAUGAGUCAAAACCUUCAGUUGGGAUUCAUUCGUCUGCUGGGCUCCAUAAUGAACAAAGUUUUUAAGAGCGUCUUCAGCUCUAUACACGUCAAUGAGGAUGGACUCACACGGCUCCAGCAAGCCAUUCAGGAGUAUCCCGUCAUCCUGUUGCCCAAUCACAGGAGCUACAUGGACUUCCUUGUUCUGUCUUACAUCAUGUUCACUUAUGACCUCUCUAUCCCCGUCAUUGCAGCUGGAAUUCCUCUGAUGGGGAUGAAGCUGAUUGGUGAGAUGUUUCGGCGGUCAGGAGCGUUCUUUAUCCGUCGUGCCAUUGGCUCAGACAAGCUGUACUGGGCGGUGCUUUCUGAGUACGUCAGAACCAUUGUGCGGACAGGUUAUGCUCCAUUAGAGUUUUAUGUUGAAGGAUUACGUAGCAGAACGCUGAAAUCUCUCACGCCAAAACUAGGAAUGUUGCACAUGGUGCUAGAGCCUUUUUUUAAAGGAGAGGUGUUUGACAUCAGUCUGGUGCCCAUCAGCAUCAGUUACGAGCGUAUGCUGGAAGAGUCGCUCCUCGCUCAUGAGCUGCUGGGUGUGCCUAAACCAAAAGAGACCACAGGGGCUUUGCUGAAGGCCAGGACUGUGCUGAAGGAGGAUUAUGGCUGCAUGCAUGUGUUCUUUGGCAACCCUGUGUCAGUCAGAGACCUGGUGAAGGGAAAAAUAAACUGCAGACAGUAUAAUCUGGUGCCCAGAGACCUGCCUACGAAGCCCAGUAAGGAGAUGCAGGAGUUUGUAUCUGGUCUAGCCCACAUGAUCAUCCGUUUGCAGGAGAGAAAUGUGGUACUGAGCGCCUGGAACCUGAUGGCCGUGGUUCUCCUUCAAAACCUCCAGGGCAUUGAUUUGGACCUGCUGACCCAUAAAACCCUGUGGCUGAGGAGACUCGCCCUGCGGUUUGGAGCUCAUCUCAGAUGGCCCAAGAAUGUUUCGGAUUCUGAGGUGAUGUCAUCGAGCAUGAGCCUGCAUCACUCAGUUGUACGCUGUGAGAGGGGGCGUGUCUAUUUAGUGGAGGAGGAGGGGCCGGGGCCUGUCACUCAAGAGGAGGGCGUGUUCAGACGUGCUGCUGCUGUGCUCAUGUGCGCCUCCUACAGGAAUCAAGCAGUACAUGUAUUCACAAGACCAGCUAUGGUGGCGGUUGCUAUGACAACAGCUGCAAGCCAUAGGACAGAUGACAUCUUUAAUAAUUUUACGUUCCUGCUGGAGCUCUUUUCCAAUGAGUUAGUUGUAAUUCCUGGUCAAGCUCUUCAGGACUUUGAGGAGGGCUGUUCUUUGCUACAGGAGUCUGGUGUAAUCGGCCGCUCUGAUGAAGAGAUCUAUGUGAGAGACAAUGGCCAAGAAACCAUCAUCUUCCUCAGAGCGAUUCUGCAGCCCUUCAUUGAGAGCUACCAGGUGGUGUUUAGGUACCUGUGUGAAGAGAGUUCGCAGACAUUGAGAGAGAAGACGUUUUCAACCAACAUCCGCAGUUUCAUCAUGAAGCUCCUUAUUUCAGGUGAAGUUCAGUCGUAUGAGUGUUUAUCGUCUGACCUACAGAAGAAUGUUCUCUCAGCUUUGCUCAGGAUGGCUGCUGUGACCAAAACUAAAGUUGAUGACCAGAAUGAGUUCAGAGUGAAUAAAUCUGCGGUGAAGAGAAUAUGGGACAUGCGGAGUAAUGGAUGGACCCCUGAGAUCAGUGUAGACGCCAGACUGUGAUGAGAAGAAUCAGACGACAGCAACUCGCAAUUCUUUUAUUGUAGAAUUGCUAAUAUGUAUAAGUACUGUAUGAGUUUUUAGUGUCAAACACAGAACAAACCUGCAGUAGCUGCUCUAAAUGUAGAACAUAAUUUAUUUUCAACUCUUAUUGCAGUAUAGAUGAUUUAAUUUCAUAGAUGAUGUGAAAAUCAUACAGAUAUUAAUGGUAUUCAACAGCAAAAAACACAAAGAUAUUAAGGUGUGCUCAUCUUUAAAGUAUGAAUGUAAAAAUGCAUGUUUAACAUGUCAUUUAUCAGGUUUUUAAUUUUGAUAACUGUUUAAUGAAAUCAUUUUCUACUUGCGUAAUUGUUAGCAAAAAAUAUAUUUUUGUAUGAUAUUGUAAUAUCUUGAUUACUGCUGUAUGUAAAGAAACAUGAAAUAAUAGUUUUACAAGAUGAGAACAGAAAGCCUUCAGCCAUACACACAGAUAUGCUAAGAUAAGUGUACAUAAACAAACAAAAAAGAAAAGUGCCAAAAAGAUGGUACUUCUUUGAUUUCUUUUUUGAGUACUUUUUGUGUACAUCUUAAAGUGGAGUUUCAGAAAGAGUGUGGUCUAAUUCAGUGCCUAAUUCACAAGCAAGGAAAUGAUUAGCAAAAUGGUUAAAUCGUAUAUAGCACUUUUCAAGUAAUAGUUCCCAAAAAGAAGAUUGCAUUUUCAUUAAUGCAAUCAGUGGUCAAAUCAAUACGCCAAGCUUUAACCAAGUGUUGGCCGGCACGACGCAGGUGUAACGGCACCAGAUACAGCUGACACACGGCUGUGGCUAAUGCAUGAAGAACCAAACCACACUCGCCAAUAGUUUUUCCUGCGAAUGUGAAAGACUCGCAUAUAAAACAAGCAAACGCAUAGAUGUUAAUGUUUAAAAAGUUUACACCUAGAGUAUAAAAUAAAAAAGGAAGACUAAUUGUGACUUUCAAAAAGAAGUCACAGUUGUGAAAUACAGUAACAAAAAUGGCAAUUAUCAGAAAUAGUUUUAAAUUGUGAGAAACACCUCUCACGAUUAGGCCUACUUGUUUUACUUCGAGGCAGCGCCAUGUAAAUACACGAAGGAAUAGGCUAUUUAAAAUCCAUCUUAAGUGUCAUAUUUACCAUCUGCGAAAAAAAUAAUCCAAAUAACCAACAGAAUCCACAUUCUGAUGAUGGCUGUGAUCCCGGACAGACGUGAAUAUGGAAUGGCAGUCUGUUCGUGAGAAAUGAAACUCAAGACACGCCACAUCCCAGCUGUUUAUCCUCCCACAGUACGAGGCAGUUGUGA